UCUCCGCCGCUAUUUCCGCAGCCGCUCGAGUCCACCUCCCUCCCCAGCCAGCCCCACACCCGUACGGCCACAGCAGCCACCGGCAGCCAGCCCUCCGGCUCUCUCCCUCGGCAUCCAAUCCUCCCCGUCUCCCCAACGAUUCACUCCUCGAGGACUCGCUUGUCGGCGGGGAAGGAAUUGAAGCUUCUCGUUCUCGCCGCCCAGCCUCUCCGCUCCAGGAACUUUGGAAAUUAUGUCUCUUUGAGGGGAAUCAAGGGCCUUGCCUGUACCUGUCUGGGCUCCAUGUCUAAGUCGGAGCCUGUCACAUUUGAGGAAUCUCUUAGCUUUGUCAAGAAAGUAAAGGCACGUGACUAUAUGCUAUACCUAUCACUGCUUGAUGUUCUCAACAGGAAUGAUCAAAUCCCUCUCGAAGCUUACAGUGAGCUUUCACUUCUGUUCCGGCAUCAUGAAGAUCUGCUAGCAGAGCUGUCAAAGUUCAGGCCCCUCGCAUGUCCAAACAACCUAUAUACCCAUGGAUCGAUCUGGAUGAUCAUAUUCCUCAUGCCCUUUCUGCUCCUGAGCCUUGUCCUCGCCUUUGAGAAGCCGUUGAAGUGCUUUCUGCUCCAGUAGCAUGUUGCAAGCUGAAAAGGCUGCAUUGUGGUACUAGCGGCCAAGUGUACAUAUAUGUAAAUGGAUUGCGUCCUGCAAUCUUUAUGAGGCCCUUGUAUUCUCAUGCACGGCAAUAAUAUACAGUGUUAUCAAAGUUCAGGAAUGCGGCAGCAAAGCCUAAACAGAGAUCAUUUGACCUUGUCCAAUACGAACUUCAAUUGUGCACGAAGAAAUCCACGAAAGUGACGUAAUGAUUUGGCCGAAGGGAUCAACGUGACACCGUCUGACAAUACUUCAAUUGUGCACGUAAAGAUAUGAGAAAUAUGGUGCAUGACUAGUGACACCGUCUGACAUCAUUUUGGUGAAAACUUGACUGGCUGUGUUUAGUUGUAAAAAGUAUGCGAAAAGUGUUUGCGAAAAGCACUGUAGCACUUUUCGUUUGUAUGUGGUAAAUAUUGUCUUACCAUAGGCUAAAUUGGCUCAAAAGAUUCGUUUCGCAACGUACAUCAAAAUUAUGCAAUUAGUUUUUUUU